AUGUCAAGUGGAGCAGCGUUCCUGAACACAUGGGAUCCCGUUCCAUUGACACUUCCUGCCUACUCCCCCCUCUCACUAUUGCUCACCACUUCAUGCCGCUUUAUCUCCAUAAUCACUCACAAUCAUCGCAAACAACCUCAAACCAACAAAUCCAUUUUCGCAAUUUCUCUCAAAAUCGUUGUUUCUCUCUCGCUGACCGCUUCAUCAUCAACAAAUCUCAACCGCAGCCGUACUACAAACCCAUCUGGACAGAAAACCCAUGAAGAAAUCUUGGUCGUCGGCCAACAAUCGGACUGCAACGUCAUCUUGACUCACCCCAGCAUUAGCAGAUUCCAACUUCAAACCCUCUCCGACCCUUUUACCCAAAAGCUCUCUCACCGAUUUGUCAUCAGAUUUUGCGACAGCGGUUGCAUGGGAGACAAGGAAGCCGUUGGUGAUGGAGAGGGUGAAGGUUGCUCCACUUAAGGCCAUGGAAAUAAGGAUAAAGGUCAAAUAUACCUCAGUUUAUCACACUAAACUUUACUUUUGCCAAGGUCAGCAAUAAUAGCUACUACAUACAUAUAAUAUACAUAAUACACACACACAUAUAUGAUUUUAUAUGAUUAACCUUUGAGAAUUGCAGAUUUGUAAACUAUGAGUAUAGUUUUCCAGGCACAUUUACUGUCACAUCUCGACCUGGGCCCCUAUCACAUCCCAGGCUCGACUCCGUUGUAGCACGAUAUUGUCUGCUUUGGUCCCUGACCAUGCCCUCACGGUUUU